AUGCGUCCGGCGCAGCUGUUACCCUCGCAGUCACCUUUCGCCCUGGACGCCGCCGCCGCCGCUGCAGUGGGACUGUCCCGGGAGCGGGCCCUGGACUACUACGGGCUGUACGACGAUCGCGGGCGCCCUUACGGUUACCCGGCUGUGUGUGAAGAGGACCUAAUGCCCGAGGACGACCAGCGGGCGACUCGAAACCUCUUCAUCGGGAACUUGGACCACAGUGUGUCCGAGGUGGAGCUGCGCCGGGCGUUCGAGAAGUACGGCAUCAUUGAGGAGGUGGUCAUCAAGAGACCUGCCCGAGGGCAGGGUGGGGCCUAUGCUUUCCUAAAGUUCCAGAACCUGGACAUGGCCCACAGGGCUAAGGUGGCUAUGUCAGGCCGGGUGAUUGGCAGAAAUCCCAUUAAGAUCGGUUACGGGAAGGCCAACCCCACAACUCGCCUUUGGGUGGGUGGCCUCGGACCCAACACUUCACUGGCAGCCCUGGCCCGGGAGUUUGAUCGCUUUGGAAGCAUUCGGACCAUUGAUCAUGUCAAAGGAGAUAGCUUUGCCUACAUCCAGUACGAGAGCCUGGAUGCUGCCCAGGCUGCCUGUGCUAAAAUGAGGGGCUUUCCUUUGGGUGGUCCAGAUCGCAGGCUCCGAGUGGAUUUUGCCAAAGCAGAAGAGUCUCGGUAUCCCCAGCAGUACCAGCCCUCACCCCUCCCUGUGCACUAUGAGCUUCUCACAGAUGGAUAUACCCGGCACCGAACCCUGGAUGCGGACCUCCGGGUGCGGGAUAGGACCCCUCCACACCUUCUGUACUCAGACCGAGACCGGACCUUUUUGGAAGGGGACUGGACCAGCCCCGGUAAAAGUUCUGACCGCAGAAACAGCCUGGAGGGUUAUAGUCGUUCAAUGCGCAGCCGGAGUGGUGAACGCUGGGGAGGGGAAGGGGACAGAGGCAUGCCCAAGCCAUGGGAAGAUAGGCGCAAGCGGAGGAGCCUUUCCAGUGACCACGGAAGGACAACCCACUCUCCUUAUGAGGAAAGGAGCAGGACCAAGGGUGGUGGUCAGCAGUCUGACCGCAGCUCAGACCGUACCCCUGAGCGCAGCCGCAAGGAGAACCACUCUGGUGAAGGGACCAAGGAGUCAGGCAGCAACUCUCUCAGCAACAGCAGACAUGGGGCUGAGGAGCGGAGCCACUACCACCACCACCACGAAGCUCCAGACUCUUCCCAUGGGAAGAAGACGAGAGAGAGCGAGCGCAAUCAUCGGACCACUGAGGCUGAGCCCAAGCCUCUAGAAGAGCCAAAACAUGAGACCAAAAAGCUGAAGACUCUUUCAGAGUAUGCUCAGACACUGCAGCUGGGUUGGAAUGGGCUUUUAGUGUUGAAAAACAGCUGCUUCCCAACAUCUAUGCAUAUCCUAGAGGGGGACCAGGGAGUCAUCAGCGGUCUCCUCAAAGACCACACUUCUGGGAGCAAGUUGACCCAGCUGAAAAUCGCCCAACGUCUAAGACUAGACCAACCCAAGCUUGACGAGGUCACACGACGCAUCAAGCAGGGGAGCCCCAAUGGUUAUGCAGUGCUCCUAGCCACCCAGGCAGCCUCCAGUGGGUCUGGCACUGAGGUGAUGGCCACAGUGGAGCCAGGCCUGCAGAGGCGGCUUCUCAGGAACCUGGUCUCCUACUUGAAACAGAAGCAGGCUGCAGGGGUAAUCAGCCUGCCAGUAGGGGGGUCCAAGGGCAAAGACAUCACAGGCAUGCUCUACGCCUUCCCCCCCUGUGAUUUCUCCCAGCAGUACCUCCAGUCAGCAUUGAGGACAUUGGGCAAGCUGGAAGAGGAACACAUGGUGAUAGUUAUAGUAAGAGACACUGCCUAGCCCAAACUCAAAAGCAGUUAACUUGCAAAUCUGAUUCCUUCUCUACCUGCUACCUUGGUUUGAAUUAUCUACUGGAUUAAUUUGGUUCAUUUGGUGGGAGGAUCAGAGUCUGUCCACCACCAAAUCUAAGUUCUUAGAUUUUGGGGGACUUUUUUAUGAUGAUGACAAGAACCCCUGUUACGUUGACUUCUCUAUGAGAUACUGUCUGCUGUAUUCUGUAUUUUUUUAUUUUUUGACUAACUGUAUGGAAAGUUGUCAGUAAAGCCUUUGUCAGAGGAUGGAUUUCUAAUCCGUUCAGUGUCCAAGUUUAAUCAAGUUUUUCUUAAAAGAAUGGAGGACUUCCCCAGUGCAUGCCCUGCGUCACAUUUCUGGCACUGUGUCCAAGGGGCCUGCUGUAUUUUGGUGGCUCUCAGCUAUUAGGCUGAGUCAGGACUCAUCCUCAGUUUUAAUCUUAGCUGAUACUGGCACACACAGCCCUGGGCCCUGCAACCUGAUUAGGUCCCCUACAGAGGAAUGGGUAAGCCUAAGGUCUGUGCCAACAGCUACUGGUACUUUUUGAUUUGUUUUUCCCUGCCCUGAGUGUGUCCAUCAAUUCAACCUAUUCAUUGGAAGAAGUGCCCAAUUAUACAACCUGUUUUGACAGUGGGUAGUUUUCAGUUCUUGUGCAUGGCGGAGCAGUGCAAUAUUGAUGCCAAGAGGUCUCAGUGCCCGCACACUUCCUUUUGGUAUAGCCUCCCUUUCUAGCCUUAUUUAGCAUGGAGGUCCUAGAGGCCAUGGAGCGUUGGAGGCAGCCUGCCUUGGUUAACUCGAACCUUACUCGGGAGUCUGAUUUUUGGCUCUUCUUUCAUUCAGGGCUGAGGUGUCAAUAGGAUGGACCUGUGCCCAGUCACACAUCUAGAGCUUUGUGGCAAACAGAUCCCCAGUUGAAGUUUUCACAGUGCUGUUGGGGUAUGCAGUGGGUUAGGAAGAUGUCCUUCGUAAGUGACCUAACAGUUUCUUGCUCCAAUAAAAGUGUGGAAUGCUGAGAAACGGAUUUUCUUUUCAAAAAGUGAGGUCAAAAUUGCUGAGGUUUGGGGCAGGGCUAAAAGCAAAGCCACUCAAACCAGGCUGGGGAAGGAAAAAGAUGUGGAGGAUCUCUUUCUAGUUGGAAGGGAAAGGUGGCCUGAGCAGUUUUAGAAUGCUGCUCUCACUGGUCUGGUUAGUUAGGUGGACAGUGCAGACAAGUUCAUUGGUGCAAGGGACUAGGGAGGAAACUGGGAGCAUACAGCAGCUGUCACCAAACAACACAGCAAAUAGCAUUCAGCUGUGUUUAUGUAGCAGCAUGGGUAUCCCAACCCAAAAGGGUUGUCAGGUCUGAGGAGUAGGAACUCUGGUAAGAGACGCGCUUCCAGGUGAUCAGAAGCUAUAGGUUGUUGGUCAGGCUAGUGCUGCAGGUCCAGCCUGCUCUCCAGCCAGCAUUGGUGACAGUGGGAUUUGAGGUAAGUGCUCUGUGCAGGCAGGGGCUCCCUACAGGCUGCAUGGAGGAUAUGACUGUCCGUGAGGAUAGAGCUGUCUUUUAGACUCUGGAGACAGAGUCAAGAGGGGGAUGUGCCUCGAGAGUACCACACCACUCACUGAGCUUCAGUCGGCCAGUGCUCACGAGAACGAGUGCAUUCAUAACAAAAUAACACAAGAAAGUGUGAAACCUGUUUAUUUGCCUGUUUCUGCUUGAGCUGGGCCACAGAUGCCAGGUACUAAGCAAGUCCAUUGGGCACUUGACACACCUGGGUAGGUGGUGCUGCCAGAAACAGGCCUCAUGUUGAAGUGCACUGCAGUUUCCUCUGCAUGUCUUCAACAAUUCACAGGCAGAGCUGCCCUGUCACCUCUGGGCUGCCUAUCUUCCUUCCCAGAAUAUGGCUCAGCUACCCUAGAACCAAGUAAAAGGAGAUAGGCCUCUUAGAAAGCCUGGGUGGGAGACACCACCAGCCUUUGCCUUGUCUGCCCCUCCUAAGGGAAGGGUUCCUUCUGGCCUCAGAAAUAACCAGUUUUGAGUUAGAGCCACAGCCCACUGUGACCCCUUUGGACCUCAACCACUUCCUAUCUUUGGCUUUUUAGACACAGGAGAUUCUGAGGUCUCUUGGGCCUUGACAGCACUGAAGAAAGGUCAGGUGGCCAAGGCCCUGGCUGCUUCAUGACAACCCUGUGAGAGAACUGGAACUGUCCUGGAGAUCAGGUCCUAGCUGACAAGUUGCUUGAAAGGAGAGCACAUGAAGUGGUGAAGUCUGCCACAUCCAUGGUGUACUAUUGGUCUGUAUAUUUCUUCCUAAAUGACUAAUUCUGGCCCCUGGCAGAAUAAAGAAAAAGAGUACAUGUCUCUUAAGGCACUUCCCUAAGGAAGUGUUGUCAAGUCAACCAGAACUCUGCUUUCCUAUGAGCAGUGCCCAUCUCCACCUCAGAGACCUGUGGGUACUCCCAAGAGCUCCUGACAGAUUCAGGGAUGUGCUUGACUGUUAAAGUGCAUGCACUGGUUCUGAUUGCAGCAGUCCCAGCAGUCAGGCUAUCCCACUGGUUAAUGUUAGCUACCAUUUAAAGCUGAGGCAUGAAGCAAAUGAAGAGCUGAGACCUCUGCUGGAGGACCAAGAGGUGCUGUGUGGCCCAGGCCCACUUCAGUGUGUAUGACAAACUGUAUGUUGCCCCUGAGCCCAGCAGGGCUUUUCCUGCCCCUGGAGAGUUUUAGCUGUCUUGUGUUGCUUGUCUGAUUCAUAACAACCAAAUCCCCCACCUCUUCUCUCAGUAAAGAAAGAAAAAACUCUAGCUGUAUUCUAUGUAACAGUAACCAAGAAGCUGUUUUUCUGGGCAAAAUCAAAGGAGGGUCAGCGUCUUCAAUUUAUUGGGGGGCGGGGAAUGGGUGGGGUGAAAAAGGGUACUUUCUCUGGUGGUUACAGUCUAAAAAUAGGCCAAUCAAAUUUAGAUAUCCCUGCAGUAGCUGCAAACUCAAACCUGACCAAACCCCAACUAGCCCUCAACCACCAGUAACUGCAGACACAACCCCAUCUACAGGAAUGGCUGAAAAGCUCUUUUUUAGCACUGCCAGCCCAUUCCUCCAAAACAUCCCAGGCCCUCUGCUUUUCCAGCUCCACUAAGUCUAUAGUUAGAAGCUGCCCUCUUGAUCCAGAACAUGGGAAUGGAGAGAUGUGUCUGCUCUGAACAGUGCCCUGAGCUGUGUCCUCGCCUUUCUUUCCAAAAGGAGGUCCUCUGCUCAAGCCACAGGCCAGGUCAGACACUAACUGAGCUACUGUUCUCCAGAGGUACAAUAGUUGGAUAAAAUGUUCUCAUCACCCUGCUCUGCCUCUCUUGGAAGGAAGGCAUCUUUUGUGUGGCCUACCAGAGCUGCAAAGAAAGGGAGAU